CUCUUGAAAAGAAGAGGAAAAAGGAGAAAACGGCUCGACAUUGAAUGACUUCAGACAUCUCCUCACAAACCUCAUGUCGAAUGCAAAACGAGAAUCACUCGUCUUACCAAACUCCAAGAACCAGAAAGGAUUGAUCUUCCUCGAUUUGUUUCGUCAAAUUUUCUCAGACCCAUCAUAGAAAGAAAAGAAAAACCCAAAAGAUGGGGGAAGAAGUCGAAGUGGUGGAGAACAAGCAAGUGUUGCUGAAGAAGUACAUAGAAGGGGUUCCGACGGAGACAGACAUGGAAGUGAAGCUCGGGAACACGAUUGAGCUCCGGGCUCCAAAAGGGUCUGGCUGUUUCCUCGUCAAGAAUCUCUACUUGUCUUGUGAUCCUUACAUGCGGAGCCGUAUGCGCGAUUUUCACGGUUCUUACAUCCCGCCUUUUGUUAUUGGUCGACGUAUCGAAGGAUUUGGUUUAGCAAGAGUGGUAGAUUCUGAUGAUCCUGACUUUAAACCGGGUGACAUCAUAUCUGCGAUAACUGGUUGGGAAGAGUACAGUUUGCUUCGUAAGAGCGAUGCUUUACAGUUGAGGAAAGUAGAGCUAGAUCACGAAAUCCCGAUUUCUUACCAUUUGGGGCUCCUCGGCAUGCCUGGCUUUACUGCAUAUGCAGGGUUUUAUGAGAUAUGUUCCCCAAAAAAGGGCGAGAAUGUUUUCGUCUCUGCAGCUUCUGGAGCAGUCGGGCAACUCGUAGGCCAACUAGCUAAGUUGCACGGCUGCUUUGUAGUUGGAAGUGCUGGUAGUAAACAAAAGGUUGAUCUUCUGAAAAACAGACUUGGGUUCGAUGAAGCGUUUAACUACAAAGAAGAGGCAGACCUUGAUGCGGCUUUGAAGAGGUUCUUCCCGGAAGGUAUCGACAUAUAUUUCGACAAUGUGGGCGGAUCAAUGCUUGAUGCAGUGCUCCUCAACAUGAGGGUUCGUGGAAGAAUCGCUCUCUGUGGGAUGGUAUCUCUGCAAAGCCUCUCGAAUCCCCAAGGAGUCCACAACUUGUUCAACGCCAUCUCCAAACGGAUAAGGAUAGAAGGGUUCUUGCAGAGUGAUUACCUCCAUCUCUACCCGCAGUUCUUGGAACAUGUCAAGGGUUAUUACAAGGAAGGUAAGAUUGUUUACAUUGAGGACAUGUCUGAAGGCCUUGAAACCGCUCCCUCCGCCCUCGCUGGCCUGUUUUCGGGCAGGAACAUCGGUAAACAGGUGGUUCGGGUUGCUACAGAUUGAUUCUUGAUUUCUUGGCUGAUAUGCCGAAACUGAUUCAAACUAGUUGAAGUUCUUGUCUGGAAAAGACAUGGAGAGGAAUAAGCCUUGUUCUUUGAAUCCUGAAUAUGUUUCCAAUGUGACCACAGCUGUACACUUUGAUUUUCACCCGGAAAAUAUUUAGUUUUUUAAAAUUUUGAUUCUGUA